UGACGGUGACGAAGCUUCUGAAAACCAGAAAAGAUAUACCAGUAUUAUUCAGAUCGUAAGGGUUUUAUUAUAUUAUUCUGCCGUCCUAAAAUGGAAAAAUUGCGGAAUCAAUACAGACAGACAGAAUGUAGCAGGGAUAUUUUCAAAAUAAUUGUUUAUAAUCCGAGAAUUGCAGGCCUGAGAAUGUCCCUAGUUCUUGUGAAGGCGAUCUAACAAGAUCUACUUGCAGGCACUUGAAGCUUCCCACUCCUUUGAAUUCUUACACGCACUUUCAUUAUGAGAACUUCGUCGGUAGGCCGAUUACAGCAGGAUGCUUCACAGACUUCAAUUACACAGACUCAAAACCUAGAAAUUGUCGAAGCUCAGGAAAAUUCUCCUCCAGGCGAGAAAAUUUGUGUGGCUGUAGGAAAAGACUUGUUAGAAAGUGUCUCUGCUCUCAAAUGGACUCUCAACAACAGAUCAGCGGCGUCUUUAAUUUUACUUCAUGUUCAGGUUCCGAUCCGCUACAUUCCAACGCCGGUUGGAAAAAUUCCUGUUAACAAAGUCUGCAAUGAUAUAUUAAAUGCGCACAAGGAGGAUGAACAGAAAAAGUUGAGCGAGUGCAUGGAAUUUUACAUGGAGAUUUGCUCCCAAGCUAGGGUGAAAGCAAGGGCUUUGAUAGUUGAGAAGACGGAUGUUUCCAAAGGUAUUGUUGAAAUUGUUUCAGAGAAGUGUAUCACGAAGCUUGUUUUGGGAACAUCGUCAGUCGGUGCAAUUUCCAAAAAGAUGAAGAUGCAUGGAUCUGGCAAAGCGGAUUAUGUCCUGAGGCACGCGACCGAGUUCUGCGAGGUUUCAAUUAUUUGUAAGGGAAAGCGUGUACAAUUCACGGAAGCGUCUCCUCGAUAUAACGCUCAGAAUCCAAUGAACAACAGGCUUCCGCUUUCACAAUUGCUGGGGAAAGGAUCAGAAACCAACACCCCUAAGCCCUCUUCGCUCAAAGGCGGACUAUCGCUUUCAUUCUCUCCAAAGCUCCAACGAGAUUCAAACGCCUCCUUCCGAACACCAUCAAUCCCUUUGGUAAAUGGAGAUUCUACCCCUGCUUGCGUUCAACAAGUGAAUGUGAAUGGCCCUGACAUUGAAGAAUCUGCAUCAUUCCAUAUAACGUUCACGUCCCCGGUUGAAAAAAAUUUUGCUUGGGCGUUGCGAGGGGGAUGCGACGAACAAAUUCAGAGUGACGAAACUUGCUGUGAUACGAACAUAAAAUCUGAAGCUUGUGGAAAUUCGUCACCGAUUCAUACCAGUGAAAGAUCUCAAGAAGAAAAUGCGAGUUUUGAAGACCUAAUGGUUGACCUACAAGAUACGUUGCAAGAGGCCACGAAAGCUAAGAGAGAGGCGCAAUUGGAGACGGAGAAACGUAGGAAAGCAGAAGUGGAAUUUACAAAAGCAUUCCAGAGGUAUAGAGAAUGCGAAAUGUCCUUCAAAGAAGCGGCCAAACAGAAGGAAGAUGCAAGCUCGCUCUUGAGACUUUCGCGACACCAGUACGAGGAAGUCACGAGAGAACGAGACGAAGCUGUGGAUGAGUCUGAAACAAUCGACACAAAAUUGAGAUCGCUGGAAGCAGAAGUUAAUGAGGCUUCGCGAGAGCGGCGCGAAAAAUUGCAAGAGCUGGAAGGAUCACGGCUAAAAGUCGUCGCUUUGGAGGAACGAAACCUGCAAAUUUUGCAAGAGAAGGACUCUGCAGUCCGGCAGCUCCAAGAGUACCUGCAUCCAAGCUCGGGAAUCGACCCCUCGACGUCGGCCUCUUCGUCAAAAACCCUAAUAUUCCGGCAAUUCUCCUGGGAUGAAAUGAAAGCCGCCACCUGCGAUUUCUCCGAGGGCUUGAAAAUCGGAGAAGGAAGCUACGGUACGGUAUACAGAGGCGAAAUCGAAGGAGAAAUCGUGGCGGUGAAAAUUAUGAGGGAUGAGGGUUUACGGGGCCGGCAGGAGUUCCAGCACGAGAUGGAUCUUUUAAGAGACAUUUGGCACCCGCAUUUGGUACGCAUAGUAGGAACCUGCUCUGAGCGAGGAUGUUUAGUCUACGAAUAUAUGUGCAAUGGAAGCCUGGCAGAUCGUCUGAGCUGCAGAGACGGCACUCCGCCGCUCCCCUGGCACACCAGAAUACGCAUUGCUGCCGAAAUUUGCUCGGCCUUGCGAUAUUUACACAGUUUUAGGCCGGAUCCAAUCGUCCACCGCGAUCUUAAGCCACAAAAUAUACUGCUGGACGAGAAUUAUUUAAGUAAGAUCAGCGAUUUCGGCAUCGCUCGAAUUCUUUCAGAAGAGUAUUCACGGAAAAGAACGGAGAUAAGAGGAAAGUUUUGUUACAUGGAUCCUGAAUAUCUGAGAAGCGGCGAAUUCUCUACAAAAUCUGACGUUUACAGUAUGGGAGUGGUCAUUCUUCAGAUUCUCACCGGCAAACCGGCGUUUGGACUGGUGAGAGAGGUGAAACGCGCCAUGUAUAAAGGUAAAUUGAAGGAGAUUUUGGAUCAGAGUGCCGGGGAAUGGCCAUCUAUGCAGACCGCUGAAUUGGCUUAUUUCGCCUUAUAUUGCGCCGAAUCAGACAAAAAUAAAAGGACCGGCCUUGAACCAGACGUCAUGAAGUCGUUGGAUGAUCUUCGAAACUUUGCAGUCGCUGCAUCGAACCCCGUUGGCCAAACGUCGGUGCAAUUUGCUCAAGAGCCACACAUGCCGACCUUCUUCGUUUGUCCAAUUUUUAAGGCAGGCCCCAUUAGUUGUAAUCUGCAGGAGAUUAUGCAGAAUCCUUAUGCGGCAGCGGACGGUUUUACAUACGAAAAGGAGGCAAUAGAGGCAUGGUUCGCAAGCGGCCAUGAUACGUCGCCCGUGACAAAUGUGAAAGUUGAUAACAAGAAGCUCAUCCCAAACCAUUCUCUGAAAUCCGCCAUCAGGCAGUGGCAAGAAAAAGGCAAUUUUAUGAAUCUCAUCAAUAGUACAGGUUGUAGUAGAAUUGCAGCGGUUUUCUUCUCAAUUGAUAUAAAAGCACCAAGUCGCAAAGGUUUUGAGCUAGCUUAGCUGGUUAAAAACCACCAAAAACAAAAGACAUCAGCAAAUUCUUUUAUGCAGGUUCCUUCAUCCAGUGGCGAUUAGUACGACUGUUGAACGAUAAAAAUGCAAACUUUAAUGGUGUUUAAAGAGAUGUACAUAGGAAAUUAUUCAGUUGAGUUGUAUAGAUCUUUAAGAUUGGAAUGUAUUGACAACAAAAGGUAGGAAUGAAAAGAAAGAGUCAAAGAAUAAUGAUGUUCUAGGACUGUUCCAAAUCUUCAGUGUUUUAGCAUUUUUCUCAGAAUCGUCAUCGUUAAAAAUGUUAAGAGGGCUUCGUACAUGUCACCUGGCCUAUUUAAAAGGCGCAAAGAAAGUUAAUUUGGUUUUUUAAGAAUUUA